AUGGUCGACACGCUAAGGGAAAUCGUCGUGCCGGCCCUGCGUGCCCAUUUUGAGGAGCUCGUGCUGCCCGAUACAAAGGACACGUCGGUGGGUGUGGAGUACGAGCUGCAACGCUUCCAGGUGAGCAAUCUGUCCCUGCCACCGGAGAAUAUCCAUGUCAAGCCCACCACGGAUGGUAAGCUGAUUAGGGUCAGUGUUGUCAAUACGUUUUUGGAGCUCGAGGUCGGGAGGUGGAGCUACGAGAGCAAGGGCUUUGUGCCCGUCAAGGAUGCGGGCACAGCCCGUGUCUCGGUAAAUGGUAUGUCUAUUUCUGUGAUGUUGGAGCCGAGAUGGUCUCACGGAGGUGGCACCAAGGUUGUCAUUGCUGAUUGUGUUGUUACUAUCGAUGGCAAGGUCCGGUUUGCUACAGAAGGUGCGGUUGCCGAUUGGGCGUAUAAGGCUAUCACGGUUGUCCUCAAGCCGCUCGUCGUGUCAUACAUCAAGGAAGCCAUUGCCGAUACCGUUUCGAAAACGCUCGCGUUCCAUCUCAGUCAAUGGGCCUUUUCUCGUUCUUUGGACGACCAGCCUGCAAGAGCACAAAGAACAGAGCCCCAACGCCCAAGCACCCCACAGUCAACGGUAACAGCUGCGGAAUAGCCGGGAUUUCGACCCCCCGUCCCUGGAGCCUAUACCCGCACAAAGAUACCAUUGAUGCGAUCAUGACCUUUAUCUAAAAUCUAGAGUUAGCUUUCCGUUUUCUACUACUGCGUCUCUGUAUGUAAAACACACCCAGAAUCAGGGCUGUACCUG